ACUUCAAGAUGGCGGUAGCUGGUUAGAACAAGAGGAGUUUACCAAGAAAAACUACUGAAUUUCUGAAAAUCUUUUCAGUCUUUCCGUCCAGACAUCCCUCGGGUAGCAAAGCUGUUUAAAGACGGGUUAGUUUAUCGCCUUGUUGGCGCCAGAGUCGAUGUCAGUGUUGUGUUCGUGUGUCUCCAGAGCACGUGUUGGGAUCUCACCUCCGGACACAGCCCAGGCUUCACCACUACAAUCUGCAAGUACAGUUCCUCUGGCCCAGGCCGAGCCAGAACACACCAGCCCCAGCCCUGUCCUGCUGUCUCCGUCUGAAGUCAUCCCUGUGUCCUGUCCCUGGUGCAGCAUGACAGACUACCAACCUGAACCCCAGUACUACCACAUCAUAGCACGGAUAGCCGUGGCAUGUAAGGGUGCGACCUCCGUGUUCCUGGCGAAACACCGUCCCACCGACACCUUCGUGUCCAUCCGCAGAACCAACCUGGACCACUUCCACCUCAACUAUGACAUCUACACUGGCCUGCAGCAUGAGAUCCACAUGACCCGGCUGUUCCAUCAUGGGCACAUCCUCCCCUACCACUGCACCUUCGUCAGCAGCAAUGAACUCUGGGUAGUGGCACCUUUCAUGUCAUUUGGUUCCUGUCGGGAUUUGAUCAAUUCUCAUUUCACUGAUGGCCUAGGAGAGACUACCAUUGCAUGUAUCCUGAGGGAUGUGCUCCUGGCACUGGACUACAUACACAAGAUGGGAUAUGUACACAGAAGUGUGAAGGGGACACACAUCCUGAUCUCAGAGCGGGGCCAGGUGUGUCUGACAGGUCUGAGACACUCCAUCAGCAUGGUACUGAACGGGGAGAGGGUCGGAUCUCUACACGAGUACCACUGUAACAGCAUCAGCACCCUGCCAUGGUUCAGUCCUGAACUACUGGAACAGAACCUGGUUGGCUACGACACGUCUACAGACAUCUACAGUCUGGGCAUCACAGCAUGCGAGCUGGCUAACGGCAUCGUGCCGUUUUCUGACAUGCCUGCAACUCAGAUGUUGCUAGAGAAGUUGAACGGGACGAUGCCCCGUCUCCUGGACGCCACCACGCUGCCCAACGCUGACGACGACGUCCUGACCAGCGCAGGAGGGGAUUCUGGGAUAGGCGGCAGCAUGGCGACGUCCAGCAUGAUGCGCAGCGAGCAGCUGCCGUACCAGAGGGUGUUCUCACCGGCGUUUCACGAGUUUGUGUUCCUGUGUCUGCAGAGGGACCCUGCCGACAGACCCACUGCUAGUCAACUCCUCACACACUCCUUCUUUAAACAGGUUCGAAGAAAAUCAGCUGAGAACCUUAUAGAAUUACUCUACCCCAUCAAGCCACUAACAGAAACCUCCCAAUGGCCAAAAGAUGCUGAUGGGAGUAUUGAGAACAACAUUGCUAAGAUAGAGGAAAUGGAUCUGAAAGACGAAGAGGAAUGGGACUUCUAGAAAAGUCCAC